AUGGCAAGGAACGCUCCACAACAAGGUAGUGGGCCGAUGGCAAGGAACGCUCCACAACGAGGUAGUGGGCCUUUCGAAAGAAACGCUCCCCAGCACGGUAGUUGGCAUAUCGCAAGGAAGGCUCCACAACAAGGUAGUGGGUCUAUCGCAAGGAAUGCUCCACAACAAGGUAGUGGGCCUCUCGCAAGGAACAGGAACGCUCCACAUCAAGGUAGUGGGCCUAUCGCAAGGAAGGCUCCACAUCAAGGUAGUGGGCCUAUCGCAAGGAAGGCUCCACAUCAAGGUAGUGGGCCUAUCGCAAGGAAGGCUCCACAGCACGCUAGUUGGCAUAUCGCACAUAUCGCAAGGAACACUCCACAACAAGGUAGUUGGCCUAUCGCAAGGAAGGCUCCACAACAAGGUAGUGGGUCUAUCGCAAGGAAUGCUCCACAACAAGGUAGUGGGCCUCUCGCAAGGAACGCUCCACAACAAGGUAGUGGACCUAUCGAAAGAAACGCUCCACAGCACGGUAGUUGGCAUAUCGCAAGGAAGGCACCACAACAAGGUAGUGGGCCUAUCGCAAGGAAGGCUCCACAUCAAGGUAGUGGGCCUAUCGCAAGGAAGGCUCCACAUCAAGGUAGUGGGCCUAUCGCAAGGAAGGCUCCACAGCACGGUAGUUGGCAUAUCGCAAGGAACGCUCCACAACAAGCAAGGUUAUUGGCCUAUCGCAAGGAACGCUCCACAAAAAGAUAG